UUUUUCUUUUUAUACAGAGCUCUUCCACUCUCCUCUUUCCCAAUCAUACACUUCGCUAUUUUCUUGUUUUUCUUGACACGUCCCACUAUUCCCAAUUUCAAACACUUCCCAUUUCCCAAAUUUCAGAUCUGCACUUAUCCCUGCUUGAAUCCUGUUAUUUCACCAAUAAAAGAAAUCCCUGUUCCUUCAGAAUCUAAUUUGUGCAAUCUGUUAAGUUUGGGAUCUUGGAGCUAACUGGUCCACCUAAGCAAUGACUUCUAUGAACUGAAGGGAAGGGUGAAGCUGAAGAUUUUCUGAAGAUUCUAAAACUACACAAAUGAUGCGAGGGAGAUCAGAUGGAGCGCAGAAGAAGCGCUUGUUGACUUCUGUAGCUGUUGUUGCAGUCUUUGUUGUUGUCCUGUAUUUUUAUUUUGGCUCUAAGAGCAAUGGUGAAUCUGCUUUAGAAUACGGAAGCCGAUCGUUGAGGAAACUGGGAUCCUCAUAUUUGGGUGGAGAUGAUGACUCUGAUCUUAGCAUCAAGCAAGAUGAGAAGUUUGGGCUGGAAGAUGGUGAAGAUGGCAUCGUUUCUAAGAGCUUCCCAGUUUGUGAUGAUCGACAUUCGGAGUUAAUUCCCUGUCUGGACAGACAUCUCAUAUACCAAAUGAGAUUGAAGCUGGAUCUAACAUUAAUGGAGCACUAUGAAAGACAUUGCCCAUUGCCUGAAAGACGUUUUAAUUGCUUGAUUCCUCCUCCAGCUGGAUACAAGGUACCGAUUAAGUGGCCAAGAAGCAGAGAUGAAGUUUGGAAGGCGAACAUACCACAUACUCACCUUGCACAUGAGAAAUCCGACCAAAACUGGAUGGUUGUUAAGGGCGAAAAGAUAAUUUUUCCUGGCGGAGGCACUCACUUUCACUAUGGAGCUGAUAAGUACAUUGCUCUAAUUGCAAAUAUGCUGAAAUUUCCAAACAAUAACUUGAACAAUGGAGGAAAGAUACGCACAGUUUUUGACGUUGGUUGUGGUGUGGCUAGCUUUGGUGGUUAUCUUCUAUCCUCGGAUAUCAUAGCAAUGUCAUUGGCGCCGAAUGAUGUGCAUCAGAAUCAGAUCCAAUUUGCCUUAGAGAGAGGAAUUCCUGCAUAUCUUGGUGUUCUUGGAACAAAAAGGCUUCCCUAUCCAAGCAGAUCAUUUGAAUUUGCUCACUGUUCCCGUUGUAGGAUCGAUUGGCUUCAGAGGGAUGGCAUCCUUCUUCUUGAGCUAGAUAGAGUGCUUAGGCCUGGAGGCUAUUUUGCCUAUUCAUCUCCCGAAGCAUAUGCUCAGGAUGAAGAGGAUCUCAGAAUAUGGAAAGAGAUGAGCACACUUGUUGAACGCAUGUGCUGGAAAAUAGCAGAGAAAAAGAACCAAACUGUGAUUUGGGUCAAGCCUCUAAACAAUGACUGUUACAUGGAAAGACCAGCUGGUACUCAACCACCACUUUGUCGGUCCAAUGAUGAUCCUGAUGCUGUUUGGGGUGUGAAUAUGGAAGCAUGCAUAACACCUUAUUCUGAUCAUGACCACAAAGUUGGUGGAAGUGGACUGGCUCCUUGGCCAGCUAGGCUAUCCACUCCUCCUCCUCGUCUUGCUGAUUUUGGGUAUUCAAGUGAAAUGUUUGAGAAGGACAUGGAGCUUUGGCAGCGGAGGGUUGAACAUUACUGGAAUCUUUUAAGUUCAAAGAUCUCUUCAGACACUCUGAGAAAUAUCAUGGACAUGAAGGCCAAUUUAGGAUCAUUUGCUGCUGCUUUGAAAGACAAAGAUGUCUGGGUCAUGAACGUUGUGCCCAAAGAUGGACCUAACACUCUCAAGAUUGUAUAUGACCGUGGUUUGAUUGGCACAACUCAUGACUGGUGUGAAGCAUUUUCAACAUAUCCUAGGACCUAUGAUUUGCUCCAUGCAUGGAAUAUAUUCUCCGACAUUGAAAAGAAAGGUUGCAGUGGUGAGGAUCUGUUACUCGAGAUAGAUCGCAUAGUAAGGCCUAGUGGUUUUGUCAUCUUCCGCGACAAACAACAUGUUAUUGACUUUGUAAAGAAGUAUUUAUCUCCGUUGCACUGGGAAGCGGUAGCUGAUCCAACUGCAGACCAAGACCAGGAAGGAGAUGAGAUUGUUUUUAUCAUCCAAAAGAAGCUGUGGCUCACAAGUGAAAGCAUCAGAGAUACAGAGUAAAUGAAGUUUGCCACUAAGCACACUUCCUCUUGAUUCAUUUUUUCUCCUACCUUUUGAGAUUAAUCAAGAACAACACACCUCAAAGGUCUAGGAGAUAUCAGUUUGAUUUUGUAGUAUUUAUGAUAUUUAUUUCUUCCUUUUCCUCAUUAACGUAAUUUCCACUUGUUUCUUUUAGUUGACAAACUCAUAGACUACAUAUUAUAUGCAUUUAUAGGCUCUAUUCUUAAUUUUGGCAUUGGUAAAAGCUUACUUGUUGAGUGUAAACUUGUGUGCAAAACAUCAUGCUGAAAUGCAUAGCUUCAAAAAAGUGCCAUAGCAA